AUAUAGUUUCUAACAAAAUUAAUUAUAUUAAUAUAUCUAUUUAUCUAUCUAUCCAUUUAUCUCUGUGUUUCUUGACGAGCCAUGGAGAAUUGGAGGGGUGCUCGGUUGAUGGUGGUGGCGAGUGUGGUGGCAAUAGGGUGGCUUUCGUUGGUGGUCAUGGGAAGUCCGGUGCUUCACAAGGUGGGAGGGUCCAAAGGUUGGAUCAAUCACGAUGUGAACUACACUGAAUGGGCUGCUCAAGAGCAUGUCUAUGUUGGGGAUUGGCUCAUCUUCAAGUUCGACAGACGAUACUUCAACGUUCUGGAGGUGAACAAGACAAGCUACGAGAACUGCAUAGACAGGGACUUCAUAAAAAACAUCACUCGAGGUGGUCGUGACGUGGUGCAAAUGACGGAGGCAAGGACCUACUACUACCUCUCCGAUGGAGGUUACUGUUUUCAUGGUAUGAAAGUGGCUGUGCAAGUUCAAGAGUACCAAGAUCCCGCACUCGCAAUGGUGGCACCAGCUCCUUCCCCCGUCGUGUCUGGUUCUUCUGUGUUCACAUGCAUUUGGAUCAUUGUUGCUAAUGUUGUGCUUUUUGUGAAUUUGAUGGUAGUGGGCAUUUUGUAAGUGAUUGAUGGAGAUGGGGGUCUAUAAAAGAAGCAUAGGCUAGAGUAUUGGUGGUGCUUGUUUUUAUUGGCUUAGAUAUUAUUGUUGGUUUCUUUCUUUUAGAGAGUUUGGUGCAUGUUAUACUCUUAAGUCUCGUCGCAGAUGGUUGAUUUGGUUGUGGUAAGCUAAAAAUUUAACUGCAGAUUAUUAUAUAUAUAUAUUUUACAAAAAUCUUA